AUGGGUUCAUCAACCCGCCCCCCAGCCAACCGCUUUGUUGCCGUAGCUCGUCACGUAUACAACCCCAUCGGCUUCAGCAAAGGAUAUAACUUCGUCCUUUGGUUCAUCUUUGCCGGCGGUCUACUGGGUUUUAUAUGCGCUCGAGCCCCCUACUUCGACUACGAUGGCGUCUUUUGUAAGCCUGACUCAAACGGUGGAUUCUUUGGCGCUGCGGCUGGCGAAUGCUGGUCCUAUGCACAAGAGUCCCACCUCAAGUUUGGUAUCAAGAUGCAUCUGUGGACUGUCCUUCCUGCUGGGUUCCUCGCCUUUCUUCAUUUCCUUCCGAUUCUUAGACACAAAGUUAUACUCUUCCAUCAGAUUAACGGCUAUAUCACCAUUCUGCUUAGCAUUGUGGGCACAGCUGGUGCUCUGAUGAUUGCUCAUGUAUCUUUUGGCGGAGGCGCAGAUAUACAGGCUGCUGUUGGAUUGCUGGCCAUUUUGUUCGUUGGUAGUCUACUCGUUGCUUUGUACAACAUCAAACGACUACAAUUGGAGCAGCACAGGGCUUGGAUGUUGCGAGCUUGGUUUUAUGCUGGAGCAAUCAUAUCUUGUCGACUCGUCAUGUCCAGCGCGGCUAUGAUCAUCUCCAAGUGGGGGGCAGUAUACAAAUCUUUCUCGUGCGAUAAACUCGCCUCAUUUUACCAAGACGAUGAACAAGGUUUUAUGCAAAAAUAUCCGGUAUGUAAUUCCACCGACGGGUGGGUUGCGGUCAAGGCAGAUAUCAUUGGCGGAGACGGAGAAAACGCCGCUGCAGCAAUGCAUGAAACCUUUGGAAUGGCGGUUUGGUUGGCUCUGGCCCUGCACGCUAUUGGGGUCGAGAUAUACCUUCGCUUGACCCCCGCUGAGUCUGAAAGACUUCGAAACAUCUCCUACAAACGCCAGAUAGAGGCUGGAUUUAAGAACCCUGGUAGUGCUGGGUUGACUAUCGAUCGGCUCGGAGACUCCACUGCUUGGGAACCCGCCAUUGGUAGGAAUCAGCGAGAUUCGGCAUAUGCUUUGGUUGACCAUGUCGGAAGGACGAACCUCAACGACUCACGCUCUGAAUAUGUAUUAUUGCAGCCCGGCCAUACGCAAUACGAUCCAUACAUGCCACAUGCCUGA